AUGUCGAAAAAUUCGCUGGCCUUGACUGGAAGACCAUUUACUAUUGACUCAUUCAAUAUCCAUAGACUUAUUAUUGCCGGUGUUAUGGUCUCUUCCAAGUUUUUUAGCGAUGUGUUUUAUACCAAUACAAGAUAUGCAAAGGUGGGUGGAUUGCCAGUAUCAGAGUUGAAUAGCUUGGAAAUUGAAUUUCUCAAGUUGAAUGGUUUCAAUCUCACCGUGCCUAUUAGCGAACUACAAAAAUAUGGUGAUCAGCUUCUUAAAGUAGGUUAUAUGACUCAAGAAAUGAGGAAGCCAUCUUCCUUCCGUCAUAACCGUUCAAGUUCCUUUGACCAGGCACGCUCCGAUGUUGAUAGAGUCUGUGACUUGACUCAACGUAUGUCUUUGGAUGAACAUCAAUACUAUGGCCAACAGCAAAAAUACUACUAUUAUCCUCAGCAACAGCCGACUAAACGAAAUAGUUACAAUAAUAAUAACAAUAAUGGCCAGCAGAUUCGUCGUAUGACGAGUACAAACAGUCUUAAAGAAAAUGGCCGCUAUGGUAAUCAUCAUUAUGACCAACCAAGACAUUCUCGCUCAAGUAUCAAUCUUCAUCAAGGUUUCUGGAAACCAAGUAGUCCUCUCCCACAACAACAACAGCAACCACAACAACAACAACAAACAUAUGACGAAAAUGCGGGUCAGCUAUCUCGUCGCUUAUCAAUCACUUCGAUUCAUGCACCUCCUUUUAUACCAAGCAGUGAACUGCUGGCACAGCAGCAACAACAAGCUGGUGUUUAUUACUAUCCACCCAUGGGUAUACCUACACCACCACCAUCUGCUUCGCCUAUCCAUUAUCAGCCUUCCAGUGCUAACAGCAGUUCGACCACAGUAUCUUACCCUAUCAUGUACUUGUGA